GUAAUUAGCACUAUCUACCACGACUUGCAAACGAAAAAGAAAAUGGCGACUGACUAUCAAAAUGGGAAGUUAAGUGAGGAUGAGACCUCGGAGAGUGAUGCUAAUGUUCCAGAAGUGGAGGAGGACAUUGAAAUAGAAGAGAUAGAAUCAGACUUCCAAAUCACAAAGGAUAAGAAAAAACACAAAAAGCACAAAGGUAAAAACAAGCAUAAACAUUCCAAGAGUGAAAAGAAAGAUGAAGCGAAGAAAAAACAUAAGCACAAAAAGAAGAAAAGCAAAUCAAGUCGACAUGACAAAGAAGGACGCUCAUCUAAAAAGAUGAAAAUCGACGACUCUGUUGAUUUAGAGAAGCUAGAAGCUGCAAGGGAAGCUUUAAAAGAGGUUCUGCAGUCAGAAAGCAAUGGGAACAUUAUUAACUCAAAUCCUAUGGAUUUAAUAGCACAGGGAUAUGCAGGGUCAGAUUCAGAGGAAGAGGGGGAGGUCGAUUAUGAAGAAACACAAAAAGAGAAAAAGAAAAAACAAGAAUGGAAUAUUUUACAAAAUAUCAUAAAGGAGAAAAAGAAAGCUGAAGAAGAAGCCGAAAAAAGAGAGAAGCAAAAGGUCCAGGAGGAGAGCGGGGACUCAGACUGUGAGAUUGUGUCAGUGACCGAGGCAACUCGUAAAAUGCCCCCUUUGAGGCCUCAAAGCAGUCUGUCCAAAGAAAACAGAAAGUCAGAGAAGAGUCGGAGGGAGUCUGAUCGUAGAGAAAAAGACAGAAGAAGAACAUCCGAGUCUGAAGAAGCAGCCAGAAGGGAUGAACGAAGGAGGAAAGAACGGAGCAGUGAAAGACAACGAAGAUCCAGAGAAAGGGAGCCGAGAGACAGAGAUCAGCCUUCUAGAGAAAGAGAAUAUACAGAGCACAGGGCUAGGGACAGGGAGCACAUUUCCAGAGAGAGGGAACAAAGAUCAAGAGAUAGAAGAGCUUCCCUCAGUAGGGAGAGAAGCAGGGAUAUCGGCAGGGAGAGAAGGAGCAGAUCUCCAGUUCAGAGAGGCUCUGAGAGAUCCAGAGAUGACAGAGUAAAAGAAGGGAUGAGUUCUAGAGAGAAGUUUAGGGAGGAACGGCGUAUUGAGGAAGAGAGGAGAAGACGCGAGGAUGAGGAAAGGGGAAGACGAGAUGAUGAUGACAGAAGAGAUGAGGAGAGGGGAAGACGAGAUGAUGAUGACAGAAGAUUACGCGAUGAUAGAAGAGAUAGAGACAGAAGAUCUCCAAGGCUCAGGUCAACUGACAGAGGGCGACAUGACAGAAGUAGGUCAAGGGACAGAAGAAGAAGCAGGAGGAGUAGAUCCAGGGAUCGCAGAAGGAGGGAGGAGGAUAAAUUCAAAGGCAGCUUGUCUGAGGGCAUGGCUCUACAUCAGGACUCUGAUGAGGAGGUUAACAUUGACAUACCAGAUGAUGAUGAUGAUGAUGAAGAUGCUUUGAUAGAAAAGAGGAGAAAGCAAAGAGAAGCCCUUUUACAGCGUUUGAAGACCGAAGAAGACAGCAUGGCAUCUGCCCCCUCACCUAAGCCACCGUCACCGGAACCAUUACCUUCUGGCCCCCAGUCACCCUCCCCAUCUCCAUCCAGGUCAAGGUCAUUCUCCAAGUCAAGGUCAAGAUCAGAUUCACGCUCCAGAUCAAGGUAUCGCUCUUCUUCCAGAAGUUCCAGUUCUGACAGCAGUUCAAGCUCCAGCUCCGAUUAUGAGGAAGAGGCCUAUAAAUAUAAGAAAGGGUCUAGGAAUCAAGACUCUCAGAGAAGCAGGAGGAAGGUGAGGAGUCCAGAUUCUCACCAGGGAAGUCAAAAAUCAAGGAGUCCUUAUUCUUACAGAGGUAGAAAGGGGUCAAGUAGUUCUGAUUCACAAAUAUCCAAAAGAAAGUCUGCCAGUCCUUACAAGAACAGUGAUAGGAAAUCUGACAAAGUAAAACCUCAAUCAGAGGAGAACACAGCUAAGGCAGACCAAGGAAGCAAAGAUGACAAACUGGAGAUGGAGCCACCAGUAAAAGAUGGUGAAAAGAAAAGGUCAAAGACUGACAUGUUUGCAGAUACCCAAGACAUGUUCAGUGAUGCUUAUGCUUUGGGAAGUCCAAGUACAGUGGCAAAAUUCACUGGUCCUGUAGUUGAGAAUCCCACAUUGAUUGACAACUGGGAUGAUGCAGAGGGUUACUACAGAGUGAGAAUUGGUGAGAUGUUGGACAAAAGGUACUCGGUGUAUGGGUACACUGGACAAGGAGUGUUCAGUAAUGUCGUCCGUGCCAGGGAUGAGGCGCGGGGAAACAUGGAGACUGCCAUCAAAAUCAUCAGGAACAAUGAAAUCAUGCACAAGACUGGUUUGAAGGAACUGGAAUUCCUCAGAAAGCUCAAUGAUGCUGACCCUGAUGAUAAAUUUCACUGCCUUCGCCUAUAUCGACAUUUCUUCCAUAAAAAUCAUCUUUGCUUGGUGUUUGAAUCACUUAGCAUGAAUUUGCGGGAAGUAUUGAAGAAGUAUGGGAAGGACAUAGGUCUCCAUGUAAAGGCCGUCAGAUCUUACUGCCAACAGCUGUUUCUGGCUCUGAAGCAUCUGAAAAGGAACAGUAUCCUGCAUGCUGAUAUCAAGCCUGACAAUAUUCUGGUAAAUGAGAAUAAAUUACAGCUUAAGUUGUGUGACUUUGGCUCGGCUUCCCACGUAUCAGAAAAUGACAUCACACCCUACCUUGUCAGUCGAUUCUACAGAGCUCCAGAGAUCAUUAUUGGAAUGGGGUACGACCAUAGUGUGGACUUGUGGUCAGUGGGAACCACUAUAUUUGAGCUGUACACGGGCAAGAUCUUAUUUCCAGGACAGUCUAACAAUGAAAUGCUCAAGUUUAUGAUGGACCUGAAGGGCAAGUUCCCCAAUAAAAUCAUCAGAAAGGGUAUGUUUAGGGAUCAACAUUUUGACGGCAACUACAACUUCCUGUAUCACGAGGUGGAUAAGGUCACACACAGGGAGAAGGUGUCUGUCCUCAGUACUAUCAGCGCCAGUAAAGAUCUCCUGGCCGAGCUGAUCGGAUACCAGCGCCUCCCCGAGGACCAGAUGAAGAAAGUCAAGCAGCUGAAGGACCUUCUGGAGACCACCCUCAUGUUGGACCCCAGUAAACGGAUCUCCAUCAACCAGGCGCUGACACACCCCUUUAUACAGGAGAGACUGUGAUAGCUAACUGUAUGUCAGGGCGGGGGGAUAGGUUGUAGUGGCAUUCAAAAGUCUUGUGCACAUUGAGAAGGAGAAUAUACACAAUGAGGCUGUGUUAAUGUAAGCUGAAGACAGGUUCCUGAGAGGAGAACUCUGAGAAAAAACUUAUUUUGUAGUGCUUGAAAUUUACAGAUUGUUAAUUAUGAUGUGUGAUCAUCUUGACAGUAUCAGAAUAUUUUUAUGUUGAAAUCAUGAAAAGAAACAUGACUGAAACUAUACUGUUCUUGUAAAUACUGAUUUACUUGAAAAUGUUAGAAUGUAUAUGAUAUGUUUUAUAUUUCAGUAUGAGCCACUAGCCUAGAGGCUCUUAUGCUCUGUGGCAGGGAACACUAGCUUGGUAUAUAUUAAAGGUAACCAAAGUGAAAGUGAAAGUACAAUAUUUCUGAUUAUACAUGCAAUACAGCAUUGAUUUUAAGGUUUCAAUUAUGAUAUAGGUAAGAGACAUUCCAAUUUUAUCUAAUGUCUUGAAAAGAAAAUUAAAAUUUUCUGUUGGUUAAAAAUCUUAAUACUUUUAAGAAAAAAAUCACAAAAAAGAAAGUAAAUAGGUGUUCAGAUAUAAUUAACCUCAAUAACUUAUAUGUCUUAAAAUCUGUAAUACCAUUAAAUAAUUUUCCAAAAGAUAAUUUUUGAUUCAAAAUUGUGGAAUAAAAAUAAAUAUAACGUAUGUUAUGUGAUAUAAAAUGUUUGUCUGUGAUGCAAGUUUUAUGAAAGUUUUUGGGACUUUUUUUGUUCCAGACAGAAUGGUAAAAUCUGGAUAAAGUUUGCUCCCAAUAGCUUCAUCUCAAAUUUCAAAGAUAAGUGAAAAAUCAGAUGUAGAUAUUUUCCCACUGAUUUGUAAUAAGUAUAACCUGAAGAAAAAAAAUUGACUGCAUAACUUCACAGCAUUUUCCUCCUAAGUUCAGUGCUCAUUGUAAGAUAAGUGAAGUUUAAUUUAGUCAAUUAAUAGUAAGAAUUUAUAUGCAUGUAUUUUAUUUGACAGGAUAGAGAUAUAUUUUAAGUUCAUUUUGUACCAUAUUAUUUACCCUAUAUACAUGUAAUUAUCAUGUAAAAUGUUUGUUAUGUGAACCUUUGUAGUUUGAAAUGAAAUAAAUUUCUGAUGUCAAUGUUUCUCUUCAUGUAGGCCUUAACAGGACAGUUAGAAAAGCCAGCAGAGUUUCUCACAGGGGUUUCGUGGUAAUAAAUGUUUCUUGACUUUUUGCAUCUGAUAUUUAAUUCCUACAUGUUUAAGCUCUUGUCCCCUUUAACCUCUGACUGACUCGCACAACACAAGACAAAAAUUAUUUAUAUGCAAGAAAAUAUGUGUUAACUGAAAAAGUUUUUUGUAGCAUUAGAACUUGGACAUUUUCUAAAUAAAUUGCUUUUUUCUUUGCAUCCUGUAUCGGAGAGAGAGUUAGAGACACAUCUCGCUGAGUCGAGACCAAUCAGUUGAAAGCUGGGAACAAGUUGAACCAUUUACAGUGUAUUCACAUGUUGAACCACCUGUGGAGGAAAAUUCAACUGCUCACGUAACAUACAAAAAAAUCAUGUAUGACAACCAAAAAUAGUGUUCAAAUAUUUCAUAAAAAUGUACUCUGUUGUGAAGAAAUCAAUUUUUUUUAAAAGCAUUAAUUGCUUUUUACAACAAAGAAUCCAACAGUAUGUACCUAUAAAAUGGAAAUGGAAGUACAUGUAUCUAGAUGCUCAUGGAAGAAUAAAAGGAACAUAAGCAUAAAAACAGAGAAAGUUGCUUGAAAAAACAUAUUGCAGUGGUAAAAUGAAUUGGGAGUUCUGUAUAACAGGUUAUUAUAUUAUUAGCAGUGUGCAAAGUUAGCGAUUUUAUUAUAAAAAUGGCUGUUUAUUAUUUGUGCAGUUAAUCUUUAGUGAUUGUGGGGGUAUUCCUCUCUGUUUAUUGUUUAAUUACUAGCAACAUAUAUUUUUAACAAACAAUGACCACUGCUAAUAAUGUCAUAAUUAGAUGGUCCUCUAAAAAAUUCCUGUUACACAGUACAUUUGAAAGUACAGAUAGUUAAUUUUGGGAAAGGGGUUUUUAUAUUAAAAGUUUAAAGAAGUUUAAAAAGAAAAGGUAUGACUUUUGGGUCAAAAUUCCUUGGAAAUGCUGAAGUAAGUAUUUAAUUGUGAUAAAGGUUUACUUUUGUGCAUUGUAAUGAAAUACUGUUUUUAUUUUUGUAGAUAGGCAAUUCCAGCUGGCAGAAGAGGAGUUAGCAUUUCAAGGUUAUAAUAAGAUUGAGUAACACAGUGUAUGAUAUUAUGUGGUGGCAUUCAAAGGGGAAAUCUGAAGCCACAAUAAAGAAAUCUUAGUAUUUAUAUAUGUAUAUUCUGAUUAAGAACAUCAAAGAAGUAGCAGAGAAGCCCUCUGUACCCCUAUCUUAGGAUCGGUAUAACGCAUCAAAUGAAGAAUCUUGAGAUAAUUUAUUUAUGUUAAAAUUUUAAUAAGAUGUUCUAUUCUCUAAGUGCUUUGAAAAAGUUAAUCCUUUAAUGUCAACGUACAAUGCAAGUAUUGAGAGGAUCAAACAGAGAAGAGGGGCCAGUACCAAACGUUCUUUUUUUUUAGGGAAGGAGAGAGUGGUACCUAGAGGUCACAUUUUUUGGCAAUAAUUCCAGGCAGUUUGUUAUUGAACAUGUGUGUUAAUUUUAAUGAAAAUCUUGUUUACUAUUGCUGCUGAUAAAUCAAAGUAAUACAUUUGAUAUUUUCAAAUUGAUCCCCCACCCAAAUAAGACUGACAAAUCUUUCCAGCUGGGAGAGUAAAUAAUUUUGUUUCAGAUACCAGUCCAAGAUGUAGCAUAUCUUUUUUUGAAGUAAACAUUGAUGUAAAUAUAUAUUGAACUAUUUUAAUAUUUCCAGGUAAGCCCUUUAUCCACAUUCUUAUGACUCUUGGAAAAAGGAAGAGUUGUCAGCCUUUCCUAUGGUGAUGGAUAUUAAUUUCGUCUGUGUUACGUAGUGGUGGUCCACUUGCAUGUUGCAUUGCCAAAAAAGAACUAAAAAUAUGGAGUAAAGAACUCGAAAAACAAAUUAGAUAUAUUCCAGUACAUUUCCUGUUCAAUUUUUUUGAUAUACUCUUAUGUGUAUAUAUUUUCAUGAAUUACAAAUACAAUAUUAAUUUGGA